AGAAACUAUAGGUAUCAGUGGUCAACUGGAGAGCACACUGGUUGGAUACUGAGUUUUUUUUUUUUUUUUUUUUUUUUUUUAAGAGCUAUCUAGAGCUGUUCCAGAGACUACAGGAAAGGCCAUGGCCUUCCGGUCUCAGAAGGAGAUGUUUGAAAAGAUGGAGGAAUCCUUUAAAAUCUGCGCAAGCUGUGAAAACCGACCAAAUCAGCUUUCAAACUCACAGACCCUCAAGCGUUGUGUCAGAUGUCUGAAUGCCUACUACUGCUGUAAAGAGUGCCAGAAGGCUGACUGGCCCAAGCACAAGAAGUUCUGCUCACAGCUGCGCCAAGUAGCUAUUGACAGAGUUGUGGAGUGGCUUGUGUUCAAAGGGGAUCUGCCGUUCCCCACAGACAAAUGGUCAAAGCCUCAGUCAGAGGUGAAGUGCUGGGAUGACUGGCUCGCAAUGCAGGGAGACCUAACACCUCGCCUCGAUCCCAUUUUGACUGGAGCCAAUAUGAAAGACCUGUGGACCAAUGCUGGCAGACCCCGGCCAGAUGAUGAUGACCUGAAGCAGUCACUGUGGAGGGUUUCAAGCGAGUUCCUCUCCAGGCCCUUGACCAUAGCUUGGGGAAUGAGGCUUUUUGGCCUUAACCCUUAUUCCAAACCUCUUACCAUUCACCUGGUGGGAGCGGGCCAGAGUGAGACUCUGGGAGCCAGACUGACAGACUACGAUGAGUUGAACUGCAUGUUCCCUGGACACCAGGGUCUGGAGGUGGUCAUGGUGGGACCAGAGGUGAUGGAUGGUCCCAUCAUGAGGCCUCCUCUUAAGGCAUUUGGCCCCAGACAGAGGGUCUACAUCAGUGCCUACAAGGGCCUGUACCACCAGUUCUGGGAGGAUGUGGUGGAAAAAGAGGAAGCAGCCAAACCAGACCUGGUUGUUGGAUUUCAUCCUGGGUUUGAUGCCAGUCAAGGCCUGGACCAAGGUUGGCUUCCAACACUUCUGCUCCUCAGGGAUUAUGAGAUUCCUUCUCUUUUCACUGCUCUCAAUGAGACAGAGAUGACGUACUCCCUGCAGAUCCUGUCAGAGUUGGAGAUGGACAUGAAGGGAAGUGGUCCCAACCCCUUUGCCUCGCUGAAACCAGAAAUUGUGGGUUCGUGUCCCAACAAGCCCACUGUCUACUGCAACUCGCACUACUUCUGUUUCCAGGGUCUGCUGGAGACCGUGGAGUUUGAGGAACCGGAGGAGGACUGAAGGAGUGUGCUGCUGUAGUGAUAACACACUGUCGACUGUCAUCAAAUUUUAGACGCUCAAGAGCAGCAUUUUU